AAAUCAACGUCAGCGCGAGCUAUUUACCAUUCAUGAACCGAGCCUUCGCCGUAGUAACAUUCCUAGUUUUUGCUUCCCGAUCCUUAUCAAAACACAGACGGAACAUCAGCCGGAGCUGGGGCCCAUUGCCAAACACUAGUGUACACAAGGGAGUAUUUGCACUGGAUUUGGCCUGUGCGAGCGGAGACUCUCAGGGGUCAACAUUCACAUUUCGGUCCUCCUGGUUUGAAGCGAAUGGUUUUAAAAAUCUUCGAGUGAGUUGUCGAAGUCAUCGGAGAGGAUGGCAGAGGGAGGUUUUGACCCCUGUGAGUGCAUCUGCUCUCAUGAACAUGCCAUGAGAAGACUCAUCAGCCUGCUGAGACAGUCGCAGUCCUACUGUACAGACACAGAGUGCCUUCAGGAGAUGCCAGGCCCCAACUCCUCUGUAGAAGGGGACAUCAUUCUACCCAUGAUUAUUAUGGGAUGGCUAGUUCUAGCUCUCAUGCUCUUCUUGCUCCGCCCAGCCAGCUUAAGAGGCCCUCCAGCCAGCAGCAAGCCCUCCGGCCCCCAUGGUAAUCAUGGCAGAGAGCCACCAGCACCUCCUGUGGACUAGAGGUUUUUCCACCGCAAAAGAUUUGAUUUUAUAAUCCAGCUUCCACCUGAUCAGUUACUGUGACUAAUAUAACUUGUUCGUUUCCUUAAUCAUCUGUCAGUGCUUCAGAUUCCAGAUUCUUUAGUCCAAUGAGGGGGGGCUGAUCUACACAGACACUUGGAUAACAAGGUGUUUCUACAACGCGUUACAUUUCAAAAGAGGAAGCAAAAAGGGAAAGUUGCCUUAGUGGUGAAAAUGCUGAAUUGUUGGAGUCUAAAGUUUCCCAGAUUUAUAUAUCUCUGUCUUCAAUUUUUUUUUACUUCUUAUUAUAUUUUUUAUUAUAAAGCAUUAUUAGGUAUUUAACAAGUUGUUAAAAUGACAUAUAGGCCUAUAUAAUGACAUUUGCCCUAGAUCAGCCCGAAUAUGAAUUGUGAUCUAGAAGAAAGGUUACCUAGAAAUUGGGUGUCGUCAAAAGACUUGGGUUAUUUGUGAGUAGACUGAGGUGAAGAGGAUAAUGUUUCUUGUCCUGUGGUAGCCAAUACAUUCCAAAGCUAUGAUGACUUCACAGACAUGAUGUCAUUGGUCCAUGGAGGAGAACGAGCCUUGACUCUGCAUUGAGUCAUUCUAAACACAGAUGUAAUUGAAAUGAUUUAAGGUUGCUUAAAACCACUUCUUAAGUAAAGCUUUUGUGCAAGAGGAAAUAAUGAAAUGGGUGUAUUCCAGUUUUUACUUGGCUCUUAUCACUGUUGACGUCAUGGCUGUGUGGAUGUUGUCGUGGUCUGGGAUCUGUUGACCACAGAGAGGUGGCUGAUCUAAAGCAGACCUCUCCACCCUGAAGACUUUGACAAUCUAUUUACCCUUUAUGUAUAAAAAUCAGUAGAGCAAUUGCUAGCAUAGUCACUUGAAUGCCAUUCUUAACAGAGUUUUUUUGCUCAGGAAUCAUUAUGUAGCUAUACUUAAACAGCUGGUCAAAUGGUAUGGGUAGCUGUCAAAUGUCAGUGAUGAAAAUCUAAAAACAAUGUAAUCUUUCAAAAUAAAACUAUAAUAAGAAAAAAUUGGGUAUUUAGGAAUUUUGGGAAUAUUUGUGAAGAGUGAGAUUGCCUUUUAGGUUACGCUUAAAGGCAAAUCUACAAACGGUAGCACUUUGUUGGUGGCACCUUUACAGUUCUGUACAGAAUGCACAGCUCCAGAAAAACACCAAAGAGAGGAUGUAAAAAAAAAAUGUCUCUUCAGUUCUGUACAAAAGUAAGUUGGUGUAAUUGGCUGGACUAAUGAUUUCUGGGUAGAUCAAUUAAGGUGGUGGUGUGGAUUUCAGGGCAUGUAAAUUCUGUCUAUGUACACUGUUCUAAUGAAACCGCUCUAUGAGAAAGGGCUUGAUCUAUGCACUUUUGGUUACUACAAAUAAAUAUGAACAUAUAGCAUCA